CCCCCUACACUCUAGGUUUAAACCCCCUACACUCUAGGUUGAAACCCCUACACUCUAGGUUGAACCCUAACCCCCUACACUCUAGGCUUAAACCCUCUACACUCUAGGUUUAAUCCCCCUACACUCUAGGUUGAACCCUAACCCCCUACACUCUAGGUUGAAACACCCUACACUCUAGGUUGAAUCCCCUACACUCUAGGUUGAACCCCCUACACUCUAGGUUUAAACCCCCUACACUCUAGGUUGAACCCUAACCCCCUACACUCUAGGUUGAAACACCCUACACUCUAGGUUGAACCCCCUACACUCUAGGUUGAACGCUAACCCCCUAUACUCUAGGUUGAAUCCCCUACACUCUAGGUUGAACCCCCUACACCCUAGGUUGAACCCCCUACACCCUAGGUUGAACCCCCUACACCCUAGGUUGAACCCCCUACACCCUAGGUUGAACCCCCUACACCCUAGGUUGAACACCCUACACUCUAGGUUGAAGCCCCUACACUCUAGGUUGAACACCCUACACUCUAGAUUGAACCCUAACCCCCUACACUCUAGGUUGAACCCUAACCCCCUACACCCUAGGUUGAACCCUAACCCCCUACACCCUAGGUUGAACCCCCUACACUCUAGGUUGAACCCCCUACACUCUAGGUUGAACCCUAACCCCCUACACUCUAGGUUGAAACACCCUACACUCUAGGUUGAACCCUAACCCCUUACACUCUUGAUUUGGAGUGGGGGCUAGGGAUCGGUUUGGAAUUUGGAAACUGUCUGUCGAUCAUUAAUGUACUGCACCUCUCCCCAACUUCUCCCCUCAGACACCCAGGGCCUGUAUCUGUUUCACAUCAAAGCUGCUCCAUAGCAGAGCACAGAUCUGGGAUCAGUUUACCCCUAACCCUGUGAUGUAUCUCAAGUGACACCCUAUUCCCUAUAUAGUGCGCUACUUUUCCCCAGGUUUCAUAGGGCCGUGGUCAGAAGUAGUGCGCGAUAUAGGGAAUAAGGUGUCACUCUCCGGAGAGGAAACUGUCUUAGGAUCUGUUUUUUUUAUUUUUUUACUCCAAGGUUCCUGGACUGUGUGUGUGUGUUCUAUGUACUAAGUUGUAUUUCUACAAUGAACUGAUCUACGGUGCGUGGAUCUAUGUAAAGCCAAAGAACAUUCGUAACCUGUCUGUGUCUGGACACUGUCUGUACAUCUGUCUCUGUCCAUACAGUUAGUUCCGUUGUGAAAUAUCUUGUUUUAUUGUGUAUCUGUCUGUAUGGAAGAAAUGAACUUAGUUAUCCCAAUUUCCCUCAAUAGUCCAGUCUAUAAUGUGGAGUUAAAUGUAUUGGGUUUUAAAUCAACUUCUGGAGAAACAGUGGCUGAAGGUGACUUGUACUCAGAUCUGGUCGAAGAGGGUAAAUACACAAUAGGAAUAUUUCAUCCCAAAAAAUCCAAGAUGGUGACCCACUCUAAAUCCAAGAUGGUGACCCACUCUAAAUCCAAGAUGGUGACCCACUCUAAAUUCAAGAUGGUGACCCACUCUAAAUUCAAGAUGGUGACCCACUCUAAAUCCAAGAUGGUCACCCACUCUAAAUCCAAGAUGGUGACCCACUCUAAAUCCAAGAUGGUGACCCACUCUAAAUCCAAGAUGGUGACCCACUCUAAAUCCAAGAUGGUGACCCACUCUAAAUUCAAGAUGGUGACCCACUCUAAAUCCAAGAUGGUGACCCACUCUAAAUCCAAGAUGGUGACCCACUCUAAAUCCAAGAUGGUGACCCACUCUAAAUCCAAGAUGGUGACCCACUCUAAAUCCGAGAUGGUGACCCACUCUAAAUCCAAGAUGGUGACACACUCUAAAUCCGAGAUGGUGACCCACUCGAAAUCCAAGAUGGUGACCCACUCUAAAUCCAAGAUGGUGACACACUCUAAAUCCGAGAUGGUGACCCACUCGAAAUCCAAGAUGGUGACCCACUCUAAAUUCAAGAUGGUGGUCCCACUCUAAAUCCAAGAUGGUGACCCACUCUAAAUUCAAGAUGGUGGUCCCACUAUCUCCCCCUCUGAAUUAUAACGUUUUAGAUGAGAAAAUGUUGUUUUUCUGUCCAAUAAAUCAGCAAGCAUGUUCUCAUUUUAUAUAAAAUAUAUUUUACGAUUAUACGUUGGAUUAUACCUGAUUUUAGUUGUAAACUACAUUGCCCCUUCUGAAUGGUAUUUAAUGCUGUGUUAUUGAAGGUAUUGGGGAGGGGGGGGGGGGGUGUAUCCUGGGUGUGUGCCUUUUUUAAUCCCAUCCUAACUUCAAUCACUGAUUGUCAUAACCUGUCAUUACAUGCAUUAGCCUCUAGGUGCUGUUGUUUUUUAAAUCACUGUCAUUUUCAUUUAUUAUUUUCAACCAACCAGCUCUUCACUAUGUAAAUAUGUACAUUGUCAUAUUUCCUAUGUUUUUAGUCGUCAACCCGCUGCCAGCCAGCCAGUCUCUUGAGGUUUAUAAACUACAGACGACACAGAUUGCUGGAUUCACUUGUACAGUUCUUUUUAAAAAAGGUACUUCGUCAAUAAAUACAUUGAAUAAAACAUGA